AUGGAGGACCUAUUUUCACUGCCCAUCUUCUUCAUCACCUUCCGCGAGUCCCUUGAGACCGCCAUCAUCGUCUCGGUCCUGCUCGCCUUCAUCAAGCGCACUUUGGCAACUCAAGAUGACCCCGUGCUCUAUCAAAAGAUGGUGCAGCAGGUCUGGUUCGGCACCGUCGCUGGCCUGCUGACGUGCGUUCUCAUCGCCGUUGCCAUCAUCAGCGGAAUCCACAGCCUCGGCGCGGAGCAGUUCGCCGCCGCCGAGAGCAUCUGGGAGGGCGUCUUCUCCCUCGGCGCCUCCCUCAUCAUCACCGCCAUGGGCGCCGUGCUCCUCCGUGUGACGAAGCUCCAGGACAAGUGGCGUGCGAAGCUGUCCAAGGCUCUUAACGCUACCGAGAGUCACUCUGGCCCCUGGGGUGAGCGUCUCAAGUAUCUCGGCGAGAAGUACGCCCUGUUCCUGCUGCCUUUCAUCACGGUCCUGCGAGAGGGCUUCGAGGGUGUCUUGUUCAUUGUCGGUGUUGGUGUGAGCAUUCCCGCCGGCGCCAUUGCUCUUUCCUCGGUCCUCGGACUCGCUCUCGGUGCCUUUGUUGGUUACUUCAUCUACAAGGGCUCCAAAACCGCACCCAUUCAGCUCUUCCUCAUCGUUUCGACCUGCUUCUUGUACCUCAUUGCUGCUGGCCUCUUCUCCAAGGGUGUCUGGCACUUUGAGCAGAACGAGUGGAACAAGAUUGUCGGCGGUGACGCCGCAGAGCUGGGCUCCGGGCCUGGCUCCUACGACAUUCGCAGGAGUGUUUGGCACGUAAACUGCUGCAACCCCGACCUCAACGGCGGCGGCUUCUGGGGAAUCUUCAACGCCGUCCUCGGCUGGCAAAACUCCGCCACGGUCGGCUCCGUCGUCUCCUACAACCUGUACUGGGUUGCCGUCGCCACGGGCUUCUUCGCCAUGAUCUGCAACGAGAAGGGGUACUGGCCCUUUGCGAAGAAGGACAAGCACGUGGAGCACGAGGGCGACGACCAAGAGCCUCUCCUCAGCAGGCCCGCGAGGUAA